AUGGGGUUGCAAACCAUGUUCAGCCCAGAUUAUUUUUUGACCUUGUUAAUUCUGAACAGAUACUUGACUUGGUCUAUCACUGAAAAUUCGGGAAUUAGGAAGCAAGAUACUCCACUUGUGCUCCGAUCUGUGGCCGCCACUUCGGUUGGAGGCUACUUGACGUUUAACUUUGUCCGAGACAAAUGGGCUAAACUGGAAAAAUUUCUGGGAGACAUUUAUCAACCUGCGCUGGUGCAUAUCGUGCAGGCUAUUGCUGCCAGGCUCAAUACGCGUUUCGAGCUUCAUGAGAUGCAACAACUUCGAGACCGGUAUGACGGGGAGUUGGGGGCUGCUACGCGAGCGGUUGACCAAGGAAUUGAGACAACAAUGAUACAAAUUCAGUGGAUGGAGGAAAAGCUCUCUACGGUAGCAACCUGGAUGGAGAAAGCCAUCCAAGAAAGUUCGAAUAGGGGAAAAUUUAAGUUGUAA